AUGAGGUUGCGAACAUUAUUCUUAUUUUAUUCAUUCCUUGGGCUUUUGAAUGUGGUAUUUGCUUCAAAGUAUUACAAUGAAUCGUUGACGUUAAGACCGCUACCAAGAAACAAGCUUCUAGCCUCGUUUGACUUCAGCAUAAAAUCACUACCUAUACCGUUAGAAUUCGAGGGCAAAACAUCAUAUUCAGCAUCAUCACAAAAUAAAAGACAUUUUUCUUAUUUUCCUAUGGCAUUGGGUCCAAUAAUAGAAUCUACAAAUACUAGAGAAUUACAUUUGAGGUUUGCUCAAGGUUGGUGGGAUCCUACUUCGUGGGGAAAAUUGAUAACAAAUGGCCAUAAAUGUGGAGGAACAGGUGUCGAGAUCUCGAGCGUGAUAGAAGCAGAUAGCCCUGAAGAAGCAAAGAAGAGCUGGAUGAAGUUAUGCCAGUCGCUAUCUGGAUUUUUUUGUGCUUCUUUUGAUUCAAUCGACGAUUCUAUCACAACAGUGCCUCGCUAUGCAGCCAAAAAUGUAAAUGACUUCGUAAUGAACCCUCAGAAUAAUUUGUAUUUAUUCAGAGCUGCUUUACCGAGUGAACCUAUUUGUACGGAAAACUUGACACCAUUUUUAAAGCUAUUGCCAACGAGGGGAAAGGCUGGAAUUUCUUCACUUUUGGAUGGUCAUAAAUUGUUUGAUGGUUUAUGGCAUGGUAUGUCUAUUGACUUGGAGACAGACUGUAGCUCAGGUGAAUGUCGCUUUGAGUUGACUCAAAGCAUUAACACCGUUCUAGACGUAAUGAGAUCUCUCCGCAAGAAUACAGAGGGUGCUAUUCCAAAGCCGACUCCUGGAAAUAAGCUUCUUUGCGAUACGUCUAAGAAAUACGACCUGUGGCAAUGUUUCCCUCUCGGUGAUCCUAGAGAGUUAGAGUGGGACUUAGGAGCAAUUUUUGGCCGUAAAAUUAAAGGAUCUGCAUUUGAUGAGAGCUCGACUUCUUCUGUCAUAAAUGUCGACGUGGACUCUAAAUUUUGGGACGUAACAGUCUUAAAAGGAUCUGAUCACGCGGAAACCCUUACAAGCUACAAAAAAUAUUUCACGUCUUACGAUUUGAGAGAACCUGAAGAGUACAAUGUCAAUUUUAAAACCAAAAAUAGUAGCAUGGUUACUCCAGUAAAAGAGCCACCAAUAACAGUGUCUCGCUCUCUCACAGGUUACUCACAGGAUCAAGGUGGUAUCAGAGUUGUCUUUUUUAAUCCUUCGACUACUGAGUCCAUCUCUUUCAUAUAUUUUGAAUCCCUCCCUUGGUUCAUGAGAUUGUACUUGAACACCAUGAAAGUGAGGGCCAGCAUUGGUACAAAAGAUUACCAUCCUGUCGAUGAAAGUACUUUUAUAAAAGAUAGAUUCUAUGAACCUUCAAUCGACCGAAUGAGACCAUCUCACAUUGAGCUCAAUAUUACCCUUCCACCAAUGACGAAUUUACUUUUAACAUAUGAUUUCGAUAAAUCAUUAUUGCUAUAUGCUGAAUACCCUCCAGAUGCCAAUCAUGGCUUCGCAAUAGAACCGGCAAUUGUUUCAGUUUUCAAUAAGACGGGCGAGAGUACAUAUGAAUUUAGAACUACAAGUCUCUUAUUGAGUCUUCCAACUCCAGAUUUUUCGAUGCCCUACAAUGUUAUUAUUUUGACUUGUACCGUGAUGUCUCUAGCUUUUGGUUCUAUUUUCAAUUUAUUAACUAAAAAAGUUGUAACAGAGGACGAACUUGAAACUUUAUCGAAAGGAAGUACUUUUGGUAAAAGAUUAAGAUCUAAGAUACUAGGAGCGAAAUCAAAAAUUACAGGUACGAUAAGGAAAAUGGUCUAG